UAAUUGGAAGCCCAAAUGCAACCAUGGUGCAGUUGGGGGCAACGGCUAUAUAAUUGGCCCCAAAAAUAUCUCUACUUGUUUUGGGUAUAAACCUGAAAUCGACACUACUUGCCGUCAAUAGUCUCGCGCUGACCACAAUGUGACUGUGGAUACGAUGACCUGGCCGAAACUUAUUGGUAAAGGAUCAUUGUCUCCGGUUCCACCGUUAAGAUGUUCGAUUUUUUUUGUUUUUUAAAAGAAAAACCAACAGAAAAUGAAAUACUUGGAAACCACAAGAUCAAACCCACUCUCUGAACAAAAAAAGAAUAAGGACCGUUGGAAACGUUUGGGCAGGUGAAGGGAAAUUUAGGCUUUUGGAUCUGGAAGAGCGAAAAUGAACAUAUUCAGAUUAGCAGGUGAUAUGACUCACCUGGCCAGCGUUCUCGUCUUGCUUCUCAAGAUCCACACCAUCAAAUCUUGCGCCGGUAUUUCUUUGAAGACUCAAGAGCUUUACGCUGUCGUUUUUGCUAGCCGUUACUUGGACAUUUUUACUGAUUUUAUAUCUCUUUACAACACUUUGAUGAAAUUAAUAUUUUUGGGAAGCUCGUUUUCGAUUGUUUGGUAUAUGCGUGGCCAUAAGGUUGUUCGAAGAUCUUACGAUAAAGACCAAGACACUUUCCGCCAUUAUUUGCUUCUAUUGCCUUGCCUGCUCUUGGCCCUUCUUAUUCAUGAGAAAUUCACCUUCAAGGAGGUAAUGUGGACUUUUUCGUUGUAUCUUGAAGCUGUUGCUAUACUUCCUCAGCUUGUGCUAUUGCAAAGGACUAGAAACAUUGACAACUUGACUGGCCAAUAUGUGUUUCUUCUUGGAGCAUAUCGAGGAUUAUACAUUUUUAACUGGAUUUAUCGAUACUUUACUGAACCACACUAUGUCCACUGGAUACCUUGGAUUUCUGGGAUUGUUCAGACACUCCUUUACGCCGACUUUUUCUACUACUACCUUAACAGCUGGAAGAACAACAAAAAACUUCAUUUGCCAGCUUGAGAUGCUCAUGCUUCAUGACAAGCAAAGGGUUCCCUUCAGAACCUGGGAAUAGAUUAAUUUUGCAGACAAGUAGCUAAACUUCUGUUGUUUUUGAUACUGUCCUUCUAUUUUACAUGUCAUUUAGGGAUGUAUACCUUUUAAGAUCGAAGGCCAAUUGUUUGUAGUUCAUGAAAAUGAUUAAAAUGUAAGAAAAAGGAAUCUUGGGCUCCGUUUGGUACGCCUGAAAAGACUUUUUGGAA